AGGACCUGGCUGGGGAGCAGGGCCUGGCUGGAAUUUGAAUAGAACAAAAGAAAGCUCAUUGAGCUCUUGAGUCUGAUGUCUGCAUAAACCAGAGACUGAUUCUGGAAACCCCAGGCACCCCUCCUAGCAAGAGGAUGGCAUUUCUGGGAUAGGACUAGGCAAAAACAGGAAGGUAAGAUUUCUUGGGUCUUUUCCCUGUUUGACAUCAGCAACCUGGCACCAAAGAACUUUACCUUCUUUCAUCUUUCCACCCCAUCCUUCCUCCCUGUCUCAUCUCCCUGGGAAAAGCAGCCCCUACUUCAUCAUCCCCAAGGUACCCCAGUACCAAAAAGGGCCUUGUCCUGGCUUCUCACUCUGGAUGUAACUGUUCCAGCCAAGACUCAUCCUCAGCCAGAAGGACUUGCUUUAGGGACCCAUUCUCAUCAAUUUCUCCUGAUAAGACAGGCAGGCUAGGACAGGAAGUAUAUAGAGGGGAAGAUGAAGGCAAGUUGGUGCUGGCCUGCCCUCUGCUCCCACCCCACCCAAAAUUCCCCUAUCAGAAUUUGUGUGUGUUCAUAUGAUUGUGUGACUGGAUGAUUGUGAAGACACAACUGUGUGGGAGUGGGACUUUGAGGCCAACUGGGGCUCUAUGAUUCUGUCCUUGGUUGUCUGACCAUGUGAGGUUGACUGAGUGAUUGAGGUGUGACUAUGAAUGUGACUAUGGGUAUAUGAGUAUGAAUGUCCAUCAUGGAUACCACUGUGGAUCCUUAGCUGCCCUUACUUGGCCACUGUGUCAUCAGCCUUCACAUCAUGCAGUACCCCUCUCUCCAGCUUCUCUGUCCAGGGCUUAGAAGCCAUGGGAAAUGGCAGCCCUAGAAGAGGAAGGGGUCUGUGGCAAUUAGGGCUCAGGAAUGUCACAGGAUGAGCAAUACAUCUUCACCUGCCUCUGACUCACCUGGUGCCCCAGGUAAAAGGCACCCAGAUAAAAGGUAGGGGAGGAGGAGAAGAGAGAAGUAUCCAAGCUGAGCAGCAUGAAGGGGCCCUCACCCACAAGCAGCCUCCUUCUGCUACUGCUGCUGCUGACCCCAGACCCUGGAGCAGCACUGCUACUGUCACCCAGCAUUACCUGCUGUACUCAGCUCUACCGCCAGCCACUCUCGAACAAGCUACUAAGGAAAGUCAUCCGGGUGGAACUGCAGGAAGCUGAUGGGGACUGUCACCUCCAGGCCUUCGUGCUUCACUUGUCUCGACGCAGUGUCUGCAUCCAUCCUCAGAACCGCAGCCUGGCUCGGUGGUUUGAGCGCCAAGGGAGGAGAUUCCAGGGUAUUCUGCCUAACCUGAAUUUGGAGCUGAUAGGGAAAAUGGACCAGGGGCCCUAA